CGAGUCCGACAGAUCUGGAGAAGCGGCUCUGGCCGUGCAGGGAACCUGGCCGCUGGCUCAGCGGGGCACCGUUCUGUAACCCGAGCCGCGGCUUAGCAGAUCCUGUGCAGGACCAUCAACCCUCCAGGCGUGAAGGAAGCGAACAUUUCGGAAGGUCAUUUGCCGAUAUGUCGGUAGUGAGCACCUUGCCUUUCCUGAAGCCCGUCUACAUGAGCCCCCCCAUCUCCCCGGGCCGCCAGCGCCGCCACACACUGCCUGCCAGCGAGUUUCGCUCCCUCAGUCCGGAGGACGCAAUUAGCGUGUUCGAGAUCGAAAGGGAGGCUUUCAUCUCAGUGUCCGGAGAGUGUCCUCUUUACCUGGAUGAGGUCCGUCAUUUCCUCAACCUGUGCCCAGAACUGUCUCUGGGCUGGUUUGAGGAGGGACGUCUAGUGGCUUUCAUCAUAGGAUCAUUAUGGGACCAAGAGAAGCUAAAUAUGGACGCACUGACCUUGCAUAAGCCCCAUGGCACGACCGUCCACAUCCACGUGCUGGCGGUGCACAGAACCUUCCGGCAGCAGGGCAAAGGCUCCAUCCUGAUGUGGCGCUACCUGCAGUACCUGCGCUGUUUGCCGUUCGUGCGCCGGGCCAUGCUGAUGUGCGAGGACUUCCUGGUGCCUUUCUAUGAGAAGUGUGGCUUCAAGGUGCAGGGCCCAUGUGAGAUCACCGUGGGAACGUUGGCCUUCUUCGGGAUGCAGUUUCCAGUCAGGGGCCACGCUUUCAUGCGACGCAAUAGUGGCUGCUAACGCUUGCAGCCAGAGUGUAGCGUAUACAUUUCUCAGGGUAAUGCGAUAGGCCACCACAGCUGAUGGGAAGGUUUGGUUUGCUGUGUUGGGAGGCGAGCCUUUUCUAUGUCAGGGGAGGUGGGCUUGACAGAGCAGUGUUCUCACCCACUGCCUGUCAUCGUGGGUCACCGACAGCAGAUUCCAGCGUUUUCCAUCAGCAAAUCGUAGUUUGUUUUUGUGACUCAGUCACCCAGAUUUACCCCCAAACGUUACAUACAGUGCGGGAGGGGGCAGGUGCACUAACCCUACCACUGUGGAUAGUUAAAUCCUACAUUGUUACCUUUGCUCUUAUUUAACUAUUGUAUUUCAUUAUUGCUUUGAAAUUUUAUAUUUUGUAUAUUAAUAAAAAAAAAGUACAUUAGUUUGGUGUAUUAUGCUACUUUAAUAAAUGUUCUUUUUUCCAAUUUGUUUAAAAUGGUGCAAACAAUACAUAUUAUAGGCCAUGCCUAUAAAAUGCUUGUUUAAUUGUGAUCCUUUGUAUAUUUAGCAAACAAAAUGACACAGAGGAUCAGAGAGCAGCAUUGGACUGUCACUGUUGGAACUGGGGUUAAGGACCUUGGUUGCAGGCCUAAAACUGGCUUUUCUUCUCCAGAAAUAGGAUUUGAACCAUCAACCUCUUGAUCACAGACAGAGUCCUAACCUAGAGAGCCACACACUGUCCCCACAGGCAAGGAGUGACACGCCAGGAACUGAGAACAGGCCUCCAGCAUGGCUCAUCACAUCCCCAGACAUGGCUUUCACACGGUUUCCCAAGUAAAGCCCACUUUGGUGGGGGCCCAGUUUAAAGUGUCACCAUCAGCUGUCCGUCGCCGCUCCUGCUGCACGGCUUCUCCUUAAGCUUGAUUUAGGGACUGGUGAUUUACUAGCCAGAUCAUAUGGAUGUCCAGGUGACAGGAGUGUUUGAGAUUUUUAGUUUAGGUGAGGAAGGAAAAAUAAUC